AUGAAUUUCCAGCAAGAAUCAAUCUAUGAUGCUGGUCAACCAUAUACAACAUGUUGUGAUGAUAACGAAAAAUAUGAACUUGAUAAUGGUUUAAAUUUAAGUUGUAUUGAAUUUUGGGAUAAACUAGAAGCUAUAAUAACUUUAGAAGAGGGUGAUGAUGCCAAUAAUGAAACGUUGAUCAAUUCAAAGUUGGUUAACUAUGUUAAAUUUGCAACGGAUUCUUAUAGAACUUUUAUCAAGGCAGAUCGUGAUCUUUAUAGAAUGGCAUUAAUAUUGACAGAAUCGAAAUGCUUUAAGGAUAAUAAAGAAUUUUGUUUAAGUAAGUUAUUAUCAUUAUUGAAUAUUGAUCUGUUGGAGAUGAAUAUGAAAUUUUUGAUUGCAUACAUUUUAUUAUGGGAGUCUAAGAGUAAUCUAAGUUCAAUUGAGUUGAUCUUAAAAUAUCAAGGGUUUUCUGUAUUCUACAAUACAUUGUAUACACAAUUUGCAUAUUUAAAUAAAUAUGGCCAAACGAUACAAAGAGAUGAUGAUAUAGAAUUGAAUAUUAUUAAUGAAAUGAAAGAAAUUUCAAUUUUUUUAUUGGAUAUUUUCUUCCAAAUUCUAAAAUAUUCCAAAUUUAAAAUAUCAAAUUUAACUAUUAUUGAUGAUUUCUUCAUUCACUAUCUAAUUUGUUCAAUUCAACCAGAUGAUUUAUCUGACUUAUUCAAUGUUGCCAAAUUUAAGUUUUUAUUAGCCUUGAAUGAACAAUAUAUGAUUAUAACCAAAAAAAAAUAUGAUAAUGAUAACAACAGUAAUAAUAAUCAAAAUAUUGAAAAUAAAAUUUACAAAUAUUUGAUUGAUUAUUCAAGUUCAAAGAAUUUCACAGAAUUCUUAUUGUUGAAAUUUAAUAGAGAAGAUGAUAGAUCUUUGUUGAUUAUGAUGUGUAAAGUUUUGUAUCUGAUUUUAACAUCAACUCAAAAUGAUAUUGCUCAAAACUAUUUCUACUUAAAUGAUCUAAACGUUUUUGUAGAUGUUUUGAUAAGAGAAUUACAGAAUAUUUCAGAAUCUGAUGAAUUGUUAAGAAACACUUUAUUAAGAGUGCUAUUACCUUUAUUAACUAACACUGAAAUUUCAAAAACUCAUUAUAGAAAAGAUGAUUUAAUUAAGUUACUAGAAUUUUUAUCUUCAAUUGAUAAUAUUUGUGGUAGUGAAAACAUCACUCGUGAGCAUGAAACUACCGUCAGAUUAGCAAAUAGAUGCCUAAGGAAAGUAGCUUGGUUGGAUUAUUAUUUAAAUGAUUCUAAUAAUCCUUCAGAUUCAGAUAGCCUAUUAAGUAAAAAAUCUUUGCCAAUUACAACACAGUUACAAUCAUCCACAAGAACAUCUUCUUCACCUUCUUCUUUUUCAAAGGAAAAGAUUAUGAAUUCAAUCUAUAUUAGCUCUGAGAAUAGUUCAACUGAUUCCUUUGAAAGAAGAAAGGCAAAACCAUUGCCUCCACCACCACCACCUAAACCUAGAGGUAUAUCUAGGAUCAAUUCUAACAAAUAG